AUGUAAGAACUUAUAAAUAACAAUUCUUUUAAACCAAGGGUAUAAUUUUGUUUAUAAAUAAAAUUAAAAAAUUAGUUAGUUUACAGAAAAUAUCUAUAUAAAAAAGGAAUAGAAAUUAUAUACUGCAAGAAUGUGUUUAGUUUAAUUUAUCAAAAGAGAUAAUUAUUUAUAUAAAAAAUUAUAUUAUAUAUUAUAAUUUAAUAAACAAUAGCUAAUUUGACACCAUAAGUCAAAAUAAAGUUUAGAAGAACAAGGUUUUAAACAUUUUAAAUAUAGACCUUUACCAAAUCUUCAUUCACUUUAAUUUAUUUAAAGAUUUAGAUAGAUUGUUUGACUAAUGCUGGUUUGGAAUUAUGUUAUUUGAUUGGUAGGCAUUAUAAUAAUUAAUAACAAUCCAUUAGAAUUUUAUAGUCUUUUCUGUUAUAUUUAUCCCUCUUUAUGGUGUAGCUAUAAUACUAAACUUGAUGGAUUAAGAUAAAAUAAGUUUUAUAGAUUUCCAUUUCAAUUUUAGAAAAAACUUUGGAUGAUAGACUUGAAUUACAUUCAUUAAUUAGAAGAACAUGGAAAUGAACCAAAUAGAGUAAUAAAGAAUAUUUGAAUCAUUUGAGAGAUGAAAUUGUUAUCUUUUAGAAACAGAAUUGAGA